AUGGGUUCCGUGCAGGAUAUCUCCAGCAAGACCGACGGCACCACGACCCUUGGCCAGGAAUUCACCAAAAAUGUGAUCCAGUCCAUGGGUCCCAACGCCUCGCCGCGGAUGCGCGAGGUCAUGAGCUGCUUUAUCCAGCACAUUCACGACUUUGCACGGAAGUGCAACCUCACAGUGGACGAAUGGACUGCCGCCGUCAAGAUGAUCAAUUGGGCCGGCCAGAUGAGCGAUGAUAAGCGGAACGAAGGCCAGCUUAUGUGCGAUAUUCUUGGCUUGGAGUCGCUCGUUGAUGCAAUUACCUAUGAUCAGGCCCUGAAGAGCGGCAAGCCAGUCACUGCGUCGGCCAUCCUGGGUCCCUUCUGGAGGGCCGAUACCCCUACCCGCCCGAACGGUGCCAACAUUUCUUCUGAUACCCCCGAGGACGGCCAGCUCGUCUACAUGCAUGGAAGGGUGACCGAUGCCGAAUCCGGGAACCCCAUUCCCAAUGCUACGAUCGACGUUUGGCAGGCAUCCACAAAUGGACUUUAUGAGCAGCAAGACCCCAACCAAAAGGAGCACAACCUGCGCGGCAAGUUCAUCACGGACAGCUACGGGGAGUAUUCGCUCUACUGCCUUCGUCCCACCCCCUAUCCGAUUCCGAACGACGGCCCUGCUGGCAAGCUCCUGGCUCUACUCGACCGUCACGAAUGGCGACCAGCUCACAUUCACUUGAUUGCCCUCGCCGAUGGCUACAAGCCCAUUACCACCCAGAUCUUCGACAAGGACUCCGCCUACCUGAACGACGACUCUGUGUUUGCCGUUAAAGAGGGCCUUGUAGUGUCCUUUGCCGAGAGGAAGAAUGACCCGCAGGCUAGCUUGGAGCUCGCGUAUGAUGUUCACCUGGGCCGAUGUAUUUAG